GGGGCAUCUUUGAUGCUCUGGGACCACCCAAGAAGGCAGCCGGCCACUGGACAAGGCUCUGCUGGGCUCUCUGCAUUGCCCUUGGUGAGCAAGCAGGUAGAACAUCUCUGACUCCAGCUCACCAGCCCAGGACCCGGUCUGAGCAUAAGGAAAGGCCAGGGAUCUCUAUGACAUGGCUUCCAGCACAGCUGACCCAAGCAGCAUCGCCCACAAUGCCAGCCUCUGCCCUCCUCACCACCCACCCCGGGCGGCCAGCGUGAUGCUCUCUCUGUUCUACACAGUCCUCUUGGUCUUCAGUGCCCUGGGAAACAUCCUUGCCCUUUUCCUUGCCUGUCGAAAGGGCAAGAAGAUCAACUCAACAGGUGUCUACUUGGUCCACCUGGCAGUGUCUGACCUCCUGUUCACACUGGUCCUACCUGGAAAGAUAAUCUAUUACAUGCUGGACUUUAGCUGGCCUUUUGGUGAGGGACUCUGCAGGCUGACGGCGUUCACUUUCUACGUGAACACCUAUGGGGGCAUGUACCUCAUGACAUGCGUGAGCGUGGACCGUUACCUGGCUGUGGUCCACAUCCACCAGUGUCCCCAGCUCCGCAGAGCCAGCCGAGCAAGGCUCGUCUGUGUGGCUGUCUGGGCCCUGGCGGUGCUGCAGACAAUGCCGCUGCUCUUGAUCUCCAUGACCAAGCCUGUGGCAGGCAAGAUUACCUGCAUGGAGUUCGUCAGCGUCAAGGGGGUCUUCAGGAUGCCCCUCAUUGUCCUAGUGGCCUGCGUUAUAAACUUCUGUGGGCCAGUGGGGAUCAUGCUAUUUUGUUACGUGAAGAUCACCAUGAAGCUGUGCAGGAUGGCCCGGGACAACCCUCUGACAAGCAAGAAAGGGCACCACUGGAGGGCCUGCCUACUCACUCUGAUGGUGCUGGUGGCUGUGCUUGUGUGCUUCAGCCCCUACCACCUCAACAUCAUCCAGUUCAUGGUGAGACAGUUGCUCUCCCAGCCAUCCUGCUCUGAGCAGAGGGCUUUCAGUGUGUCCCUUCAGCUCACCGUGUGCCUCAUGAACAUGAACUGCGGCACUGACCCCAUCAUUUACUUCUUUGCAUCCACAAAUUACAGGACAUGGCUCCUUGGCCUUUUAAAACUCAGAGCUUCAGAGUCCUCCUCCCCCUCUUCCCUGGGAAGAGCUUCCUCAGAAACACAAAGUAUCAGCCAGAUUGCAGGCUCCAUGCCUUUAGAGGAAAAUAAAGUCUAAUGGGUCCUUUGGCUUUAAAACUGUAUCCAGGGUUGGGGCCAGAAGCUUAUACACUUUUGGGGGGAAGGAGGGUUCUUUGAGAUAAAGAACACAAAAUAAUAAAUACAAAAGUAGACACUGAGUCUCGGGGAGUAAGUGAGGAGCCCUAAAGCUUGAACUUUAUUAGCUUCAUGAUGAAUUCACCUGUAAUGUAUUGUACUAAAUAACAAUGACACUCCUUGGCCUUUGAAGGUGAAGCGGUCUGUGCUGUUUCUUCUGGGAAAAGAGUAUUUUCACAGCAAAGACAAACACCACCAACAGAAUCGUUGGCUGAGUACCUGGUCAAUAGUUUAGACUAUGUUUCAAAUUUGGGGAGGCAAAAUUGAUAAAGAGCAAAAAUACGCCGCCUUCCAAGCCAAAAUUGGUGAAAGCUUAGAGUUAGCAUUUACAAAAAUGACGAGGUUUCCCUGAAAAGUAAGAAAACACGGGGAGGAUGCACACCAAGUUAUUGACCUGGAUACCUCCGGGGUUGGGGAGUGGGAGGGAUGGGUGGGCGUGAAGGGACUUUGUGUUAACUUUUGUUUGAAAGGCUUGACUCAUGUGCAAUGAGAAAGCAUUCCUGUAUUACUUGUGUAAUUGGGAACAAAGUAGGAGAAAGAGGAAAAGGCAGAAAAGCAGGCACAGGUUUUUCACUUGUUUUGUGCAUGUCAGAAAGUCCUUAUCCACUUAGGUGUGUUUGCAUUAGAUCAAAACAAACCUUUUGUUGCACCUCCUUGAGUUUAAAGCAAU